GGGGCCAGAGCUCGGUUUACACCCAAACAGGUGCCUCUACCCUCACAGCACCCCUGGGUGUCCCGCAACUGGACCCAGCACCGUUCAUCACCCCUCGCCUCACCAACUGCUGGUAUUUUGGGUGAGGAAAGGGACCCUGUCCUGCGAUGCCCCAGGGUGCCUGAAGCCCGGCAGCCUUGGGGAUGGAGCUGAAGGUCUGGGUAGAUGGGAUCCAGAGGGUCGUCUGCGGCGUCUCGGAGCAAACCACCUGCCAGGAGGUGGUCAUCGCCCUGGCGCGGGCCAUAGGUCAGACAGGCCGCUAUGUCUUGGUGCAGAAGCUCCGGGAAAAGGAGAGGCAGCUCCUCCCGCUCGAGUGCCCUUUGGAGUCUCUGGCCAAGUGUGGGCAGUAUGCCAAUGAUGUGCAGUUCAUCCUGAGGCGGACGGGCCCCAGCGUGGCCGAGAGGCCAUCCUCAGAGGGUGCUCCCCAGGCUCCUGAGAGGACGUUCAUCCGGGCCAGUCUGCCCAUCAAACCCCGGGCCCUGAGCACGGAUGUACCUCGGCCCCGGGAGCCGAGGAAAUCAAUGACCUUCAGCUUGGGCCCCAUGGGCUCUGUUGACCCGUAUGCAAAGAGCCGCUGGAGGCAGCAUGCCUGGGAGGGGAUGGACUUGAAGGACGGUGGGGCCAGCCAGCCCUCCAAGGAGGAGCUGUUUAAGACAGUGCUGCGUCAACAGGAGCAACUGCACUCCUUGGAGGCCCAUGGGGAUACACUGGAGACAGAUCUGCGGCUCUGGGAGCAUGGCCGGGCCUCCAGCCAGGAGGAUGAGAUCCUCUACUUAGAGCACCUGGUGCGGAGGAAUGAUACGGAGCUGGGCGAGGAGGAGUUUUGGCAGAGCGAGCUGCGGCUGGAGAAGGAGUGUGAGCGGGAGAGGCAGGAGCGGGUGAGGAGCCUGCGGGCCAGCCUGGAGGAGUACACGCAGAGGAUCUACGAGCUGAGCGCCCGCACUGAGGCCUUGCAGAAAGAGAUCCAGUGGGAGAUGGCCGAGAGGGCCAAGAGGGGCAAGGACAUCCCUGUGCCGAGCCCCACGGACUUGGAAGACAUGGCUGCCAAAAUGAAAAGGGAUCUGGAGGCCAAGGUCAAGCAGGGCACACAGCUGGAGAGCAACCUGGCCAGCGUAGAGAAGGCCCUGGAAGAAGCUGAAAGGAGCCUGCAGGCCCAGAACCAAGAACUGGAGGAGUUAAAUAAGGAGCUGAGGCAGUGUAAUUUGCAGCAGUUUAUUCAGCAGACGGGAGCCACGGUGGCCGUCGGGCAGGCCAGGUCUGAGGAAGAUGCCCAGCCGGAGCUGAGCCCACGCGAGCUGCCAGCCUGCCGGCGAAAUGGAGGGUUUCCUCCCACCGGUGCCGAUUCGCCACCCUGUGCCAGCACCAAGCAGCUCCUCGGCCAUCCCCGGACUCUGCCAGAGCCCCUGGUGCCCAGCUUGAACCCGGAGGUGCUAUACAAACAGUGGAUGAAGCUCAUCUCCACUGAGAAGGCAGCCGUCUCUGGGAUGAAACAUGGCAGCUUUUUAAUAAUGCACAGCAGCAGCACAGAGCAUUUUAGGACAGGAAGAGAAGGAGAUGGCACUUGGCUGCAGAUAUGAGCAGCAUCUCCCUGAGGAAAGCCAGGAGCUGAGCAAAGACUGCUGCUCUCUGACCCUUUGGAUGUGCUCGCUCACAGGCCAUUUUGGAGGUGCACUGCCUGUUUUGGAGGUGUCCAGUAUGUCCGUGCCACCACAUUGGGUGUGAGAUGGCAGUCGCUGGUGUCCUAUGGGAUUUUCCCCUUCCCAUGGCGAGGGGCAAUUGUGGGCAAAUGAAAUAUUAACGUUGGAGAGAAAGCUGUCAAGGGCAAUGCAGCAAGUGCCAGCUGCUGUCCAGCAGUUUGGUUGAGUGAUAUUUAAGGAUUAGAGUUUGCUUCAUUCGGAGACCGCUAGGAGCCAAGUGAGUCUCUGGUUACUACCGAAGGACAGCAGGGAGAUGUGAUUUUAGACUUGUCACUUUGGAACCACGAUUUUCUUCUCUCUCUCUCUCUCUCUCUCUUUUUUUUUUUACCCAUGAAUCACUGGAGUUGGAAAUGUGUGUUGGGGAAAAAAUGUAUUUAACAAUACGUUUGCUUCGUGCAACUGCAUGAAGAAGUUUGUUCCCUGUGGUGUGAGCACUGAUUGCUUGCUUCUUGAACUUUUUGCUCUCGUUUUCUGGACUCUUGCUUUUAAAAUGAGACUCCAAGAAGAGAAUCAGGGUGUGUUGGAGGUUGUAAAGAACACUGCAGUACCACCUGGGGUAAAACUUGAAACCUUCGGUUCAGGAAAACUGCUUGCCUUUGGCAUAGCCAAGGGGGAUUGUUCUCCCCACUGGGCAGCCAAUGCUUGGGUAGUUGGCCUCAAGUUCUCCCUGAAAUAUCCCCGAGAUUUUGAGAUAUGAGCUGAAGCCCUCAAUGUACCCUGAAACACUGAUAUCUGUAACUUUAACAAGUGGUGUCUUUCAUUUUUGGGCCCCGUUUGUGGUUUGGCUUUGUGCAAAAUAAAGAGAAAAGGUUCAGCGCUGAGGGCACUUCCCACAGCAAAGCGGGGGAAGAAAAAAAAGCCACAGAACAAUAAUUCAAUGGCAGUGGAAUCUCAUUUUCAUCCUGCGCUACCACUUAGCUGUGUUCGGGUUGGUGGUCUGUUACAUUUCUAGAGAUGACUUUUUUGUGGUUUUGGGUAUCCCUGGGGAGGGCGCUGUGCCUGUGUGCUACCACCUGCGUGCAAAAAACCCGUGUGCUAACCCCUGUGUUUCAGCCACCACUGCACACACGUUUCUGCAGCCCUCAGCAAUGUGCCGUGUUGCAGAUUUCUUCCUGUUUUUCCCACAACCCAUCAGCCAGCAGCUGCGGGGCAGCGGGGUUUCUCAAGGUAACAAAUGACUGAUGGAUGAGUUCCGCCCUGGACCCCCCACCUCCUGUCCCUGCUGUUUGGCUCAGCAGCGUGACCCAAAUUCAUCCUGGCACGAGGGGCCUCACGCGGCAGGGAUGUGGUGAUGUGCUGUGGCACCUUCUUGGUCUCUGGUCUGGCUGUGGCUUGUCCCACCCCAAUGCUACUGGCCUCCACUUAAGGCCGCACAUGUUAUUUAACCGAUGCCCGCUGCAGCGCUCUGCCUCUCCGCUUUUAUCUGCUCUAAAGGCUGUGUCAAUAAUACAUUUCUGCCAUUGAAUAUUUUAUUGAUGAUUUGACUUUUCGCUGCUUGCAAUUCCCAUUUCAAGGCUGCAUGAUUGUUCCUAAUUAAAAUUUUAUGCCCUGGGAGAAGCCUUCUUGCUACAGUGGAGAUGAUGCUGUCCUUUUCUAGGCCACUACAGAGCGGUAGGAAGGAAUUACUCAUUGUCAUGAGAUUAAAACAAAGCAAAUAAAUUAUUUUUCCU